AUUGCCAUCGAAAUGGUUGUUGGUCGCACGAUGUGCCGUGUUGUUUUACUGCUCGUAGCCGGCCGCAUGGCAGGACGCGAAAGCGAAGAGCCGAGCCCGUAAUUGCAGUACGAGUAUGAAUCGUGAAAAGGACAAAGGAGAUACUAGUACUCGGAAACAAAGCGUCUGGUUGUUCUUGUAGGGACGCUUCCUUCUCCUGUGCAAGCAGCCUAGCGUACCUGUCUUGACUCGUUUUACUGAAGCAUUUACACAACUGUAUUAGUUAUUUUAUAAAACAGGACAAGAGAACUUUUCCGCUUUUUUGUGACUGUGUUGUACGGAGAAAGUGUUCGGUAUGGCGGACAGCGACGCUGGCCCGAUGUUGAGACGGUAUGACACGCUAGUGAAGAUGAUGUUUCUCGGUGAUAGCGGAGUGGGCAAGACGUGCCUGAUGAGUAGCUAUGCUGGUCAGCCCGUUAGCGAUAGCCACAUCUCUACCAUAGGAAUUGACUUCAAGAUGCACACGGUUGACAUUGACGGACACAUAGCGCGUAUUCAAAUGUGGGACACGGCAGGCCAGGAAAGGUUUCACACGCUCUGCACGCAGUAUUACAGGAGAGCAGAGGGCGUGAUGCUGGUGUUCGACAUCACCAAUGAGGAGUCUUUUCGGAACGUACGCAUGUGGCUGCAGUCGGUGGAGGAUCAUGCACCCCAAGAUGUGUGUCAGGUUCUCAUCGGUAACAAGAGUGACCUGGAUGGGAAUCGACGUGUCAGGAAAACAGAUGCUUCAGCGCUUGCCGAAGAGUUUGGAAUCACCUACUUUGAAACCAGUGCCAAGCUCACAACCAACAAUAAUAUGAGUGAGGCUAUGGAGCUGCUGAUCAGACAAAUACUUGAAAAGAAAGGUGUAUUCAACGAUGAAGCAAACAAGGACGAGCACACUGCAAGUAUCAGACUUGACGAGAACCCCGCAUCAACCCAGUCAACGCAAUCGAGUUAUUGCUCCUGCUAAGCUCAUCUUAGCCUGUGGGUUGAAUAACUUGAAGUGAAGAGUUCAAAAAAUGCCAGAGUAUUUUCUAGCACUAACAUGCCCAUUGCAUUCCUCAAUUCCGAAUCAACAAUUUAGUAUUCACACACAAUUGACCUUGACUGAAUUGCACCAGCCCUAGGAAAAUGCCCCGUGAAUACUUGCAAAGAGCUGAUUUAUUCAAUCUAUUUAUUAUUGCUCCCUCCCGGCUCUCGGGAGCUCUGCCCACUCGUAUUUUCUGAACAUCAGAGCUCCCCAGGACUGUCACAGCCACCCUCUGAUCUCCUGUGAUUUUUCUCCAACACAAGCGAGCACAGUGGCCCAUUCUGCAGUGUGCGCCAACUUACUUGGCAGCAGUGCAGAGUAGAACAAGUCAAGAACAGUGAGAUCUGCUGGCACCACUGGCUCCUCUGCCUAAUCAACUUGACUGAUCACGGGCCUAAUCCCAUAGGAACUAAUGUCGUUCGACAGCAACAGCGCUUUCCUGUCAUGGCUAGGCUGUAACUGUGGCCAACUGAUGCUGACAUGUUCACCAAACAAUAUGCUACUAGUGCUGUCAAUUCCAAAUUCUAUUCAGUAUAAUUUCAGAUCAUGUUUUAGAAUCUUGUAUACCAGUGCUCUUCAAAUUCAAUUUCCGUUGUAGUCACCUGAUCAUUGGGGCGCAAGUUAGCCCUUCAACAAACAUUUGUUCAGUCUUGAUGAUAUUAUCUUUUUAUGGCUUGCCUUCAGCCCCAUUUUAUUUUUUAUUUGUUAGAGUAUGGUCUACCACUGCAGUACAGUACAAAAGGAAGAUAAGGCAAUGACUGUUCGGCGUGGAAUGCACUUGUAUCCUGGUAAACCUGGGUAUGGUGAACGUAGCAUCUGUAACCGUGGCCACUGGCCAAGUGCUUGUGCUCCAUGGCUGUCAACUGA